AUGACAUCCAAAACAGAGGUUGAAGAAGAAAACACUCCGCCAAUAUUCAAGAUGGAGCAGACAUCAUCCCACUUGAAUUCAGUUGGCAUCAAACAAAAACAACAUGAGCAAGCCAGUUCCCAGGAAAGGCCCCCGUUGCCGACAAGUUCAUCCACGGUCUCCUCCAAGACAUCCAUCGAGAAUCCUUCAUCUGCACCAUUCACUUGCCAAUGGAUUGGGGACACCCAAGCCAUAGCACAAGACCUCACAAGGCUAAACAUUUCAAAAAAAGAGAACGGCAGUCAUCGCAUAUCAACAUCAUCUCCCAACAUCUGGUACUUCAGAACGAACAUCUGGGUAGCUCACGCGCAUGAGAUCCCUGUGCCCUCGGACUUGCUUUCCAAGUGGCCAGAGAUCAAAGAACGAUUGAUUAUAGACCUCCAAGACGUCAGGAUUGAGAUGAUGGCAGAGCAAGCCAGAGAAAAACGUCGUUGCAAGAAAGAGCCAAAAAGGAGACACAUCGUACCAGAAUUAAGGAUGUCUGGACGCCGGAAUAACCUAUUUUCGGAUUCUGUUACCGUCUCUCCCUGUGUCUGGAUCCUGUGCGGGAGCAAAUCAUGCCGGGACAAAGUACAACGCAUUAUCAAGACCUUGUCUCUCCCAAUCAACUUCGUUCAGCAACCGGUAGAAGUCCACGACGGUGCCCCCGAGUUCAACGCAACUCGAGCGUCCAUUCCUCUGUCUCAACUGCAGCGCGAUCUUGGCAUGGACAUGGGGUUGAAACAUCGUGGCGGCGUCAUCCUAUACCAUAUGGAAGAAGCUGGAGGACCAAGCAAGCACCAAUCUGCAUGUGGCUUGCUGUGUUGUGCUACCUUUUUGAACAACGGCAAGAUCUUGAAACAACGUAUAUCAAGAGUCGGAGGGUUGCUGGCCGAUCACGAUAUGGAGUGUCCCAUUGCAAUGACGACCUCACACGGCAUUUUCGAUUGUCUCUGGCUCGACAAACAAGAAAUCGAAGCGUCAACACGCCCAGGAAGUCCGCUCGCCGACACACUUUUACUGGACAACGAAGACGACUUUACAUGCGCUUCAAGCUCAGACUCCGAGUCUGGCUCUGAAAUCGACACAGACGAUGAUACAGUCAACUAUGGGAGUGGCGAAGAUAAGGCCGUUCGCGGGUCGUGCGAGCAUCGGUCUCUUUUGGGGAAAAAAGAUGCCUCAAAUGUAGACAAAUGGAUUGACCUCAACGAAAUAGUUGGGAUCAAGUUCUUUGAGCAGCAAUUCCCGGGGCGAGAAGACGAUCCCGGCAUGUCCAAACCAGGCGAUUAUGCCUUGCUGAGAUCAAACACUCUGCAACACCUUCGAAAUAUUCUCUCAAUGCCUAAAAACAUUGAGAUAGUCACCAAAAGGAAGAACAAGGAGUUGCUGGAAGGACCGCUGACAAUGGUUUUUGGGGCUGACGACUUAUCGGAAGUAUUCUUACUCCCCGAGCCAGCCACAAUGCCCUCUGAAAGAGGAGACUUACCUGUGCGUAAAGUGCAGCUAUCAGCACCCCUAGGUAACAAAUCCUCCCAACAGUCGACAUACAUCAAGGCCAAAAACUGA